ACCAGAAACUUCCGGCACCAACCCUCCUCUAUAAACCCUCCACUUGUCUUCCACCGUCUCCCUCGAAUCACACAUCCCAGCCAAAGGCUUAACCCCUCACAGCCAGCCUCACUAGUCACCUCAGCAGCUUGCAACUUUUCGCCAUGGGGAGGAGGCCGGCGAGGUGCUACCGCCAGAUCAAGAACAAGCCGUACCCCAAGUCGCGGUACUGCCGGGGCGUGCCGGACCCGAAGAUCCGCAUCUUCGACGUGGGGCAGAAGAAGCGGGGCGUGGACGAGUUCCCGCUGUGCGUGCACCUGGCGAGCUGGGAGAAGGAGAACGUGACGAGCGAGGCGCUGGAGGCGGCCCGGAUCGCCUGCAACAAGUACAUGGCCAAGCACGCCGGCAAGGACGCCUUCCACCUCCGCGUGCGCGCGCACCCCUACCACGUCCUCCGCAUCAACAAGAUGCUCUCCUGCGCCGGCGCCGACAGGCUCCAGACGGGCAUGCGCGGCGCCUUCGGCAAGCCCACGGGGAUGUGCGCCAGGGUGCACAUCGGCCAGGUGCUGCUCUCCGUGCGCUGCCGCGACGUGCACGCGGGGCACGCGCAGGAGGCGCUGCGCCGGGCCAAGUUCAAGUUCCCCGGACGACAGAGGGUCAUCGUCAGCGGCAAAUGGGGUUUCACAAAGUUUAAGCGCCAAGAGUAUCUCAGACUCAGGAGCGAGGGCCGCAUCGUCGCCGAUGGUGUCAACGCCAAGUUGCUCAGUUGGCAUGGGUCGCUCGAGGGUCGCCAGCGGGGAAGAGGUGUCUUUCCACCCUCCACCGUAGGAUCGGCUUGAAGAUUCAUUCAAAACAGGACGUGUCAGCCUUCCAUCGAGCCCUGAGUAUCACCACUGUCAUGAGCGGGCAAAUAUUUACGAUGGAGUAUAUGCCAGUACUAGCUCAAGUUUGCAGCACGCCUUACCGACCUGUUUAGCCGUUAAACAUGUUGCCAGCUUGGUUAUUCAUAAAUAAAGGCGCUUUGGUUUGUAAACAGGAUUCGAUGUGUAUUACACUAGUUUCAAGAAAGUUGUCAUACUUUA